AUGGACAGCAAUUCUCCCUUCUCGCUUGAUCUUGAUUCCAUACACAAGUGGAUGGAUUUUAUUCAUGAUCGUGUGGGUGAUGAAAAACUCUAUCAACCCUCAUCAAGAGUACCUAAAAGUGUAGCUAAUCGACAAGAAUAUGAUAGUUAUGUGGAUGAUAGUUACAAUUUAGGCUUUGCAAAGUUUCCUAAAGUUUCCGAGAAGGUAAAUAUUCAAAAUAAUUUAAUUCAUGAUGAUCAUUAUCAGUCUGCUGAUUCGUAUCGAUCAACGUAUGAUUUUCAUGCUGAGGAGGGUGGAAAAUUGACACCUUUGGCUAGAAUUUGGAUUAAUCAAGAUCAAAGAAAAAGACGAGAAACAGUUGAAAAGAAAAGAGUGGAUGAAACAGAAGAUGCAUUUUCAUGCAUAUUCGAAUUAGUCACAAAGUUACCAUUUGAUAUCAAGUUUAGGAUCAUUUCAAUGAUACCUUCAACAUCAAGAAUUGUUAAAGAGUAUGAUCUCAAAUUGUGGUCUGAAUUAUUUCCUGAUGAUUUAGCAAUAGAUUGCCAGGUAAAAGAUUCAGCAUUUGUUACAUAUCACAAAUACAGAAUUAUUUCCAAAGAAUUUAACAAUAGAAUGCAAAAAAAGUUGAUGGAAUUAGAUUCACUCAACUUGGCAAAAAUAUUUGGAAUUAGCCCAACUCCAAACGUAUUACAGAACUUGGUAAAAGUGGCUUACUUACUUUCAUUUAUCAAUACCAAACGAAAGUUUGUUUCUGGAAAGAUUAAUAAUAUUGAGAAUAUUGAUAUCUAUCAGUAUUUUCCAAAGAUUUAUUCAUGUUUACAAUCAUGUUAUGUUGAGGUGAAUAAUAUUACAACUUAUUCUACAAGGGCUGGUUUAUUGUAUUUUAAUUCAAGCAUUGCUUUCUAUUCCAGUUUUAGAAAUCUCUCUGUUCAAGAAGAGUUGGAAGGUUUUGAAGAAGAGAAAAAAGAACCAAUUUAUCAAAAUCACGAUACUGAGGAGUUUGGCAAUCUUUUUGUGGAACCAGAAUAUAUUCCAAAACCAGCUAUUGCUGAAAGCGAGGAAGAUUAUAUUCAAGAUAUAGACGCUGAUGUUGUUGGCACAAUUAGGUUCAGUAUUGAAAGUUUAGUUCUGAGAGAGGAUUUAGAAGAAAAGAUGAAAGAAUACAAAAUAAGAGCAUAUCAAAACAAAUCUUUUGAAUUCAAAGUUCCAUUGCCAAGUACCAAUUACUUUAAAGAGAAUUAUUUUAACAUUUUAAUGCGACGAAAAUUAAGAAGAGAAUUACCAGAAUUAUUUAGCUCAAUUUAUGAUGACAACAUUACAAUAUUCAAAUCGUUAAUAUUGUCUUCCAAUGGAAAUCCAUACAAUCAUCUUAUUUUACAUUUAGUACUUGAGAAUGGAAAAGAAAUCCCCCAAGAUUUAAACAAAGAAUUGUUACUCUCAAAGAAAUUCACAAAGAAUGAACUUACAGAAAUUACAUUUGUAGACUUUAAUUUGAACCUCUUCCAUUCUAUAUUGAGGAAUGUUAACGUUAGCAGACGAAGAAGAGAUAACAAUUUUGGCUACCUAUCACUUUUUUCAAAGGAGAAUGCUAAUUUUGAUGAGAGCGUAAAGAGUGCAGCUAGUCCUUCAUUUGGAAAUAGUGUUGAAAAGGUCAACUUAUUGUUUUAUGGAAGAUAUGUUUACACUGUAAAAGAUGAGACAGAAUUACUUUGUUCACAUUUCCCCAAUAUGAAAGAUCUUAGAAUAGCUAUUAGGAUGGCACGUAAUCAACAUCAAACUGUUGCAACAGCUAUCCUACAAAAUACAUCAAUUAAUUAUCAUGAUGUCAGCAAGACCCUUUCAUAUGAAUUGAAAAAAAUUCAAGUUAAGGCACUUAAUGGGAAUACCAAAAUAAUAACAAGUGAAGAUACUGUUGAAGGAGAACCUUUGAACAGCAGCCCUUUAUUUGAAAAUACUAAACCUGAAGAUAACUGCUUAAACAUAGUUAUUGCUUCCAUUAACGAGCUCGAUCAACAUGAAAUUGAAAAAUUAGAAAGAGAGAUAGAUAUUGACUUGGUGAGGUAUCCUGAACUGGUUACAGAUAUUGUUAAAAACUUGAGUUUGGAUAAAUCGAAAGAAAUGGCAGAUUACUUUUUGGAAAGGGGAUUCUUGGAAUCAUACUUUAUUUAUUCUUUCCAAAACUAUUCAGAAGAUGUAAGAGUACAAAAGGAAUACUUUAGCUAUAGAAGAAAAUUGUCAAACACACCAAUUGUAAAACCAUCAAACAGCUUAAAUUAUAACGAAGGAUUCAUCCUUGACCUUUAUUGCGGGCUUGAUUUAAUAUCAAAUCCUAACGACUUUGAAAAGACAGCCCUUUUCCAAUUAUUGGAAAGGAACGAAACAGGACUUACUAUUGUUUCAAAGCAUAUCUUGCUUUUUAUCAAGUUGUUUCUUGCCAAACUGUAUUAUGAAAAUGCGGAGCUCGAUUUGUUCAUUGGAUUUUUGGAACACCAUUUGAAUUUAUUCACUGAUAAGGAAACAAUUGAGUCAGUAGAAAGAAGUAUACCACUAUCGAAUGAGGACAGUUUUGAACUAUCCACCAAUAGAAAUUACAAAACCAUUCAACUAUUUUUCUAUUAUUUAUGCAAGCCAAAAGGGCAUCCACAACACAAACAACGAAAACUGGCAUUCACAUUGGACAAGCUUUUCUCAUAUUUAGUAUUAUUCAUCAAGACUAAACAUUCUGAAUAUGUGGAGGCCUUACUAACACUAGGACAACAUGUUUUCCCAAAUUUCAAUGAGGUAUUCGUAAUGUCCUAUCCCACACAAUCAUUCAAAACAUAUUCAAUCACACUUAUGAAUACUGCUACUGAGUUAGUCGAAGAAUCUCCUGGUAAAAUGUUUGAAUAUGAGACCAAAUUCGAAAGAAGAAAAGAAUUGAUGAGAAUGAUGUAUCGUGAAGGUAUCACAGAUCUAGAAACAAAAGUUAACCCAACAAUUCUUGAUGAAGCAAUAACAAAAUCUAGAUUAGUACCUCAAACAGCAACUAUUCUACACCAUUUACAUGCACUUCCUUCCAUUUUCAUGUUGUAUGCCAUUGAAGUAAUGACACCUUCUCAACUUUUACAUCAAGAUAGUUGGGGAAAUACUUGUUUACACAUUCUCGCUGAAAAAUCAACUGAAGAGCCAAUAGAUUCAAAAAUAGAAGUUUUUGAGAAAAUUGUUCAAAAACAACCAAACAUUAUCAAUAUUUUGAAUCAUGAUCUCAAUAGUGUAUUGCAUAUACUUGCUGAGUUUCCAUUCCCAUUAUUAUUCAGUGUUGGAAAACUACUCUUUGAAAAAUAUGGAGCCAAUAAGGAUUUGGUAAAUUCAUUCGGUCUCACAGCAUAUGAAAUUGCAAUGCUAUCCAUGAACGAGAGUAGGUCACUAAACUCUGACAAAUUCUGUGAUGUCUCCUGGUUAUUGCCAACACCGGGAAAAACUAAGAAGGAAUUAUUCAUCCAAUCUAUUCUCCACGAACAUGAGAGGAAAUAA